GAUUAGUUCUACGGAAAAUAUGUCGGAUACAUCAGAACACCUAUUCAACUUCGUUCCUUUGGCAUCAUCCCAAACUCAAAGUCAGAGUGAACGGGAGUCAGGGGUGAGACGUCUGUCCUUGGGGGUCAAGAGGAAGGCAACACCCGUUUACUCGUUUAUCAAAAAACCACAUCGGAAUGGAGGUACAAAAGUCAUCAAAAUAGAAAUUUACGACAGUAACAAAUUGAAUGAGAACUUUGAACAUAUAUGUAAAUGUAAUGCCGAGCUGUGUGCCCAAUAUGUAGUGAAAAAUACGUUAUUAGACCAAGUUUACGAAUUAACGCGUAGAGUAAUUGACAAGAUAGACGAAGGUUUGUCCUCAGAUACGCCACAUGGGUACACCAUCGAAUAAGGGUACAAUUUAAUGUGAUUGUGUAAUAUGAACAUAGUUCUUAAGUUAAUAAACAUUAUAAAAGUA